AUGGCUGAAGAACAUUUGAACUCUAAUUUUGAAGAUGUUGGAAUCGAAGGUAUAAUUUCAGGUUUUCAGCGUUUGUCGCCUUCUGCUGAAAGGACUUUCAAACCUAGUGUACCUUCUUCUAUAACACCGGUUGUUGGCAUGGUUUUCUCAUCUUUGGAUGCUGCAUAUGAGUUUUAUCAAAUUUAUGCCAAGAAAGGAGGAUUUUGUGAGGGUCAUAAGCCAUUUAAGAAGUUUGAUGGAGCUCUAGAAGUUGUUAAAGAUCGAAAAAAAUCCAAGAAAGGGUUUGUAGAACAACAUAAUCAUACUUUGAUUUCUCAAGAAGAUAUGCAAUUUGUUCCGUCAUCAAGGAAUUUAACGGUUAUGAAACAAAAGAGAAUAUAUUCUUUGUCAAUGUUAAACCUAGGUCCUGUAAAGUCAUUUAACAUUAUGAGGACCGAUAUGGUGGUUUUGAAGAGAUUGACCAAUAAGAAAGAAUAUCUGCGGGAUUUUUCAUUUGAAUAUACUGUAGAUUCAAAUGGUUGUUUGACAAGAUUAUUUUGGGUAGAUGAAGUUUCUAAACAGAAUUAUUUGGUUUUUGAUGAUGUAAUAUCAUUUGAUGCAACUUUCAAAACGAACAAAUACAAAAUGGUUUUUGUUCCGUUCACUGGCAUUGAUAAUCAUUUUCAUAAUGUGAAUCUUGGAGCUGGUCUAAUUGCAAAAGAAACUACUGAAUCUUAUGUGUGGUUAUUGACAUGUUUUUUGAAUGCAUUUGGUCAUCAACCAAAGGUUGUAGUUACAGAUCAAGAUGUCGCUAUGAAGGCAGCAAUUGAAACUGUUUUCACGGAUAGUAGACAUCGAUUAUGUAUGUGGCAUAUUAUGAAGAAAGUAGCGGAUAAGAGUAAUUAUCUAAUUUGUGUAGUGGAGGAAGUGUUGAGUAAUUAUGUUCAUAGGGUUGGGAAAGUAUUGUGUAAUGAUGAUACUUUUAAACGUCGUGUUUGCAAUAUUGUGUGGACAGAUGCGAUUGAAUCUGAAAUGUUUGAGAAGGAAUGGCAAGAAAUAAUUCAUGACUUUGGUCUUUUACAGAAUAUUUGGUUAGAAAGUAUGUUUGACUUAAGAUCGAUGUGGAUUCCUGCUUUUUAUCGUGAUGAGCCUAUGUCAGGGCUUAUGCGUACUACUUCAAGGUCUGAAAGUGAAAAUCAAUUUUUCGGUAGUGUUUCAAACUCGCAAUUGACUCUUGUAGAGUUUUUUACUCAUUUUGAUACGGCAAUUGAAGCUCAAAGAUAUAAUCAUCGAAAAAAUGAUCAUGAUGCGCGUAAUACUGAGUGUGAUAAUUUGCCCGAUUCUCCUCUUGAAGUACAUGCUCAUAAGUUGUAUACUAAGGCCAUAUUUUUGACGUUCAAGAAGAGAUCCUUGCUAGUUUUGAGAAAUGUUUUUCAGUUAAUGUCAAAGAAGAAGGAGAGAAUGCAAGGUUCUUUAUUAGAGAUAUUUCGGCUUUUGGAAGGUAAUUAUAUGAAAUCUCAUAACAAUACACACUGUGAUUCUCUCAGUAGAGUUAUUGUAUUAGCUAAAGCUGAUGAUGCAUUUUCUGCUUCGUGUUCUUGUAAAAGAUUUGAGCAAUACGGGUUAUUAUGUCGACAUGUUUUCCUUGUCAUUCGAAUGUUUAAAAUUGAGGAAAUUCCUGAAAAGUACAUUUUGAGGCGUUGGAGAAGGGAAGCAGUUAGAAAUAGAGCCAAUUGUUCUUUUUUUGCGGAAGAUAGUUCGAAUGUCAAUAUUGAUGAGGCAAAUCAGGUUGUUUGUGAGAUUAUGUUUGCUAGUGAAUGCCUUUGUAAUCGAUAUUUUUCAAAUAAUGAAGAAUUAAUCAAGAUUAGAGAUCAACUGAAAGGAAUGAUUCAAAAGGCAGAUGAGAGUAGUAAGACUGGGCUGGUUUUUAAGAAAAAAAAAUAUGACGGCUUCUCUUCUUGGAUAUAA